AUGCCAGACACCCCAGCACAGCAGCAGCAAGAAAACUUCAGCUCAGUGGGCGACCAGGCCCAGGGCAUUGAUUCGUCCAUCAACGAUACCGGGGCCUCCGAUGCACAAGGCCACCCCGUGCAAGAGGUGGAGUCCCUCUGCAUGAACUGCCACAAAAACGGCACCACGCGCAUGCUUUUGACCAAGAUCCCGUUUUUCCGCGAGAUCAUCAUCAUGUCGUUCGAGUGUCCCCAUUGCGGCUUGAAGAACUCAGAGAUCCAGCCUGCCGCGCAGAUUGCCGAGAAGGGCUCGCGCUACAUCUUCAAGAUCGAGAACAAGGAGGACUUCAACCGCCAGAUCGUGAAGAGCGAAACCGCCACAUGCAUGUUCACCGAGUUGGAGCUCGAAAUCCCGCCCGAGAGGGGCCAGUUGACCAACAUCGAAGGCUUGCUCCUGGAGAUGGUGCUGAACUUGUCGGCAGACCAGCCUGCCCGCAAGGAGGCCCAGCCUGAGGUCUACGAGAAACUUGCUGCCUUCAUUGAGCGUGUGCAGGCGUGCCUCAACGGCGACGCCGGCUGCUUGCCCUUGACGUUCUACGUGGACGAUCCAGCCGGAAACUCGUGGGUCGAGUUCACCCCGGGCCAGCCCUCGCACAAAUGGUCCAUGUAUGAGUACAACCGCACUGCGGAGCAGAACGUGUUCCUCGGCUUGAUCUCCGCAGACGACGUGGCGCAGCACCGGAAGCUCGAGUCCGAGCAGAAGAAGGCUGCCACCAGCACCAAUGUGUCUUCCACGCUCAACAAUGACAACCCCAAGAGCUCGGGCUUCACAGUCCACGACCACAAUGACAUCGAGAACUUGUCCAGCGAGGUGCAGACCUUCCACGCCACGUGCUCCUCGUGCUUUGAGCCCUGCGAGACCAACAUGAAGUCCGUCGACAUUCCGCACUUCAAGGAAGUCAUCAUCAUGUCGACGUUUUGCGAGCAUUGCGGCUACAAGUCCAACGAGGUCAAGACCGGGGGCGCUAUUCCCGACAAGGGCAGAAAGAUCUCCUUGAAGAUCACGGACCCAGAUGACUUGGCCAGAGACAUCUUGAAGUCCGAGACAUGUGGCUUAAAGAUCCCAGAGUUGAACUUGGACUUGACCCCAGGCACCUUGGGCGGCAGGUUCACGACCAUCGAGGGUUUGUUGUCCCAGGUCUACGACGAGUUGCACUCACGUGUUUUCACCCAGACGUCCGAUUCCAUGGAGGAGGAGACCAAGCAGAGAUGGACUUCUUUCUUUGCCAAGUUGCAGGACGCCAGCGAGGGCAAGAUCGGCUUCACUGUGGUCAUGGAGGACCCUUUGGCUGCAUCGUAUGUGCAGAACGUGUAUGCCCCAGACAACGACCCUAACAUGACCAUCGAAGAAUAUGACAGGACGGAGGAGCAAAACGAGGACUUGGGCUUGAACGACAUGAAGACCGACUAG